CUGGGGAUCGAACCACGAUCUCCUUGAUCCUAGGUUGAUGCUCAACCACUGAGCCACGCCCCGCCGGGCUGUAGGUUUAGAUUCUUGGAGUUGUUUUGGGAAGGAGCAAGCAGUUUAGAUGAAAAGGCAUCUACUCUAGUUAUUUGUUUUUUUGGUUUUUUUCCCCCUUGGAUAGAAUUGUCCAUUUUACCCUUUGAGCUUCUUGGAUGUAUAUUUCCUAUGAAACUUUUUUACAUAUUAAGUUGAUUUUAUGGUUGUAAAGCUGCCAUGAACCAUUGCCAAAUAGCACUUGAGGUGGAUAUCUGGAAAGUGGAAAUGGAGGCAUACUUAUCUGGUUUUUUUUGGACCUGUGAGGAUCACGGAAGGCAUUUAUUAUGUAUUAUUAUUUUUACUAAUAUUAUUAAUCUGAAUAUGUGGAUUCCUGAUCUAUUUCUGCCAGCGACUAAUUAGGGUCACCACAUGUUAACAGACAGAGAGAAGAGGGGACAUUUCGGAAAGCCUGAAAUGAGAAUAGAAUUAAGUGCAUUGUGGAAUCCAUGAAGGAACAGUCGCCAAAUGUUUCAUUACUGACCCUGAAUAUGAAAGGAUUUGCUCUCUUGGGAUCCCAUGGCUUUCUUUACUGGGCUAAGGGGUCCUUUUACCCAUGUAAGCAGAGCAUUCAGCCAGCGCUGUUUCAGCACCACCGGGACCCUCAGUGCAAUUCAGAAGAUGACUCGGGUACGUGUGGUGGACAACAGUGCUCUGGGGAACACCCCAUACCACCGGCCUCCUCGUUGCAUCCACGUCUAUAACAAGAAUGGGGUGGGCAAGGUGGGUGACCGGAUCCUGCUGGCCAUCAAGGGACAGAAGAAAAAGGCGCUUAUCGUAGGGCAUCGCAUGCCUGGUCCUCGGAUGACCCCCAGAUUCGACUCCAAUAAUGUGGUCCUCAUUGAGGACAAUGGGAACCCUGUGGGGACCCGAAUUAAGACACCCAUCCCCACCAGCCUGCGCCAGAGGGAAGGCGAGUUUUCCAAGGUGCUGGCCAUUGCUCAGAACUUUGUGUGAGCAGAGCCCAGGCUGCCGGCUGCAGUGGGGCUCAUGAAUGGAGCAGUUCCAAAAACCGAGCCCAUGCUGAUGAGCUGGGCGUCCCAUGGCUGGGGAACAGUGUCCUGUGAGAAAUAAACAUUUUCACAUAUGU